AGCAACCGCAAGUGGACCCGAGGCCUGGGCCUCGGCUGCUGGGGGACCGCCGGCAUUGAGCGAGGCAGCGGUAGAUGGGUUAGCUGCCUCCCGUGGCCUCUGUUCCGGGGCUUCAGGCUGGCCUGGCAGCCUGCCCACUGGCCUGACGCUGCUCUUUACAGCGAGGCCAAGCGGCCGGCGCGGAGCGCCUGAAGCUAGGACUCUGGUCAAUCCAGCCCCGUGCGAGAGGCCUAGGCCUAGGCCCCGGCGCUGGCCUGAGAUCCACGAAACACCGGGGAAAAGGCCUUGAAUCAGAGGAUCAGCCCUGCUUCGGGACCGGGAGGGCGUAAACCCCUUCUAGGGGCUGAGUAUUAAAUAGAGGGACUGGAGAGGCCAUAAUGGAGCAACAUCUGCACUGCUUAAACUGUGUGAGCCGACGUUGUAUGGUCAGGCCAGAGACAAACGUGUCGUGUGACCUGAUUGGCUGUCCUUUGGUGUGUGGAGCUGUUUUUCACUCAUGCAAAGCGAGUGAACAUCGCCUGCUGUGCCCUCUCGAGAGAGUGCCAUGCCUCAACAGCGAGUUUGGGUGCCCGUUCAUCAUUGCGCGGAACAAGAUCGGUGAGCACCUGGAAAUUUGCCCUGCCAGUGUGGUUUGCUGCACGAUGGAAUGGAAUCGCUGGCCUGUGAGCUAUGCUGACCGCAAAUCCUAUGAAAGUUUAAGCAAAGAUGGCGAUGGGGUGGAGCAGUUGGACUUGGCUUUAGCUCUUCAGGAUCAGCGGAUGUUGCUUGAAUCACUGAAGGUUGUAACCACUGCUUCGAACUCGGCUCCCAAGCAGUUCAAAAAUGUAGAGCAAAUCCCCAGAACUUCGGAAGCAUUGGCUGAACCCCCUUCCAGCGGUUUGCUGUCUGCAAACGAAGAAGCCUACACUGAACUAUACCGAGCAACGGUUGAAACGACCAGAACUUUAGUAGUGGCCCUUGAUCUCUUGAGUAACGCUGCAAAAGAUGGGGAACUGGUGAAUCGGAGGCUGCCUGAGGAGCAACCUGAAAGGAAUGGUGGGGUCCAGGUUGUGGAGGAAGAUCUCUCCAAAGCACCGUACUUUGCAGAGGUCAGCGAUGAUCCUUGCAAAAGCACAACAGAGGGAGGAGCUGUCGGUGGUGCAGAUUGCGACUCUGUUACAUAUGAUCCGCCCUGGAGGGAUUGGAACUUGUGUGUGGAGGAAAAUGGGUUUCAUGCAUUGUCAGGUAUGGUGACUGAAGCAAGUGAUGGCACUGAUGGGUGCAUUCAGCUAAAGACAAGUGCCUUAUGUAAUGGUUUUCACAAAGCAGAUGUGAACACUUAUACCUUAAAUCAGGAAGGAAUGGAUUCAUACGAUUGUGAUCAGCAAGCAGAAGAGACAAUGAAUGGCUCUUGCCAUGAAAAUGACAUGGAUUGCGAUGGGAGCUCAUCGGAGCCUGAUCACUUCUUACCUGUGUUUGCACAGUUACUCACUGUGGAAAGUUUGUUACAUCCAGACCAUUUUCAGGAGGGCUCCUUGGCUCCUGAUCCUUGUGGAGUGAGAAAGUUAGUCAACAGACCUGCUGAGCGGCAAGCACUGAAGAACAUUGCCACUUUCAAAUUGUUAGAAGGACACAAUGGACGUAGGCCAUAUCUUGGGGACUUGAAUUGGUACAGGAAAAAAAUGGAAAGCAAAGCAGUUGAUACAUCAGACCUGGAAGUGGAUGACGACCCUCUGGAACUACAGGGAAUUGAUUUGAUCACAGCUGCUUUAUUGUUCUGUUUAGGAGACUCUCCCAGUGGUAGAGGAAUCUCGGACAGCCGCAGUGUCGAUGGAAGCCGUGUUGAUUUGGGCACGCAGACUUUCUCAUUCCCGGCAGCCAUAUUAGCUACCAAUAGCACGGUCGGUGAGAUUGCCUCUGCAUCCGCCUGUGACCACGCAAACCCUCAGCUGUCGAACCCGAGCCCUUUCCACACACUUGGGCUGGACCUGGUCCUGGAGUGUGUUACCCGAUAUCAAACGAAGCAACGCUCUAUGUUCACUUUUGUAUGUGGCCAGUUUUUUAGGAGAGAUGAGUUUCCUUCUCACUUUAAGAAUGUGCAUGGGGACAUUCAUGCUGGCCUCAAUGGCUGGUUGGAACAUCGAUGCCCUUUGGCCUAUUAUGGCUGUACCUAUUCCCAGAGACGGUUCUGCCCUUCUACCCAGGGUUCAAAGGUCAUUCACGAUCGCCACCUGAAGUCCUUUGGAAUCCAGCCGUGUGUCCCGUCGGUGUUGCUGGGAACCCGUGAGAGUCGGAUGCCUGGCAUAGGAGUGGCCGUUGAUCAACUGAGCAAGCUGCCCUUUGAGAUUUUACAGCACAUUGCUGGAUUUCUAGAUGGGUUCAGCUUGUCUCAGCUCUCAGAAGUGUCGCACUUAAUGAGGGACAUAUGCAGCAGUCUGCUGCAGGUUCGGGGAAUGGUUAUCCUACUUUGGGAAAAAAGGCAGGAUCUUCAUGGAAAGACCUCUUGGAAAACAAAAGGCAAGGCCUGGCGAUUCAGCACAGCCUUCGGCACGGUUAAAGAGUGGAAGUUUGCAGAAAUUGCCAGCAUGGCUGACCACCUGAAGGACUGUCGGUACAACACAGUGGAGAGGACCGGGGAGGCUGUCCCAUUGCCCUGCAUGUGCGUGACACGGGAGCUUACUAAAGGAGGUCGCCCUUUGCGUUCGGUCCUAAAACCAGUUCUCUAAUCGCCCUGGACACUGACAACGUACUGCAAAACAUUCUAAUCUUAAAUGUGGUCUGUCACUUUGUAUAUGAUAUAUUUUGCUUUGAUGUGAGAUUUAUUUUUGUAGUACAGUACCUGUGCUGGCAUGCUCGAGGUAAUGAAAAAGGUGAAAGGAACAUUGAACUGAUGGACGUUUUUGUGGGUGAAACCUUCCCCUUAUUGGAGUCUUCCAUUUGUACAUAUGGUUUUCUUGCAUGGAUCUGGCCUUUUUAACAAAAACAGUCUUGCUUUUUCUUUCUUCCUAACUCCUUUCCACCCCCCGACACCCAGAACAAUCAUAUAGUGAAUGUCGUACGUGCGAAGGAGAUGUUGAUUGUCCUGACUAAAUCCUGACCAAAACACGGCAAAUUCCUGUCAUCAUUUGGUAAAUCAGAAAGAUGCUCAACCUGUGUGGAAUAAUUAACAGCUUGAUGCUUCUUGUCUUUUCGAAUCACAACUCAAGCACACUCUGAGGCUAGAAAGAUUGUCCUUCUGAGUUAUGUCAGUAAGCUAGCUGCUGCAAAGCAAUACUAUACCUCACGCUCAUCAAAAGCAAAAAUGCCACAGUGCAGUGAAUUUACACUAUACAACUUUGCCACUUUUAGCACUUUAGUUUUACAGCCUUGUUUUAUUAACUAGAUCACCAAGUGGUUAAUGCUUUGAUAUUCAUCAUUGUUCACCAUUGUUUCUCACCCUCUGCUCUUUCCUAACUCUCUGCCUUUGUGAGUGUUACCUGUGAUGCUAAUGGUCAGUGGGGAAAUGAGCAACUUGCUUUGAAACUAAACUAAGAGGGCCAUUUCCAGUCUGCCAAAUGAAAGGCUGUGCUUUGUGAAUCCACCUACAAUACUGAACAUAAAUUUAUCCCAGAUGCAAGGAGUAGGUAUUAGUUUGGAGGUCUAGCACUCGACUACCAAAGCAACAUGGUUUUACUUUUUAAUACAGCUCAUACCUCCAACGUUAGAAUGUUUUAUUAAAGAAUUGAUCAUGUGCAUUUUUGUUUACAUGUAUACCGCCAAAAAUAGAUUUGAAUGUCUUUCCCUUCAGCCUUGGCAUAUGAAACUCUGAUCCUGUAGUGUGUUGAUGUGACCUCACGAUCAAAGUUAACACCUUUUCACCGCACUUUAUUGAUUUUAAAACACUGAUGGAACGAUAUGAGGGGUGCGGGAUUGUUGUUGAAAGCCAAUUCAUCAGAUUUGAAAGGCUUUACAUCAGAGUAUUCGUGGAUUCCAUUUGUGCUGUAAACAAGACACUGCUGCUAAAUGUAGAAACCAGAGUCUGUGUCCCCAUUUAACUUGUCACUAUUUUAAAGCUUGUAACAAAACAAAAAAUGUGUGUAGCUCAGUGUUAACCCCUGUUUACAGGCCUGUAUGAAAUUUGUGCUUCAAGUUCACACACCUUAAGGCAAACACAUGGGAAAAGUCUGAGCUGGUCUUUAGGAACGCUAUUUAAUUUAUUUUAUUUUAUAUUUUGAAUCAUGUGUAGGGUGAGGAGAAACGGGAAACUAUUGAAUAUCAGCUUCUGUUGCCUGAACACCUUUACCGUUUUCUUUUGAGGAGCCUUUAGAAGUGUUGGUAAGCCACACCAAUACUAAAUUGGCUGGUAGUAUGAGAUCCAACAGUAUAAAUCUGAAGCGUAUUGUCGCAGCAGGUGCUAAGGCAGAUGUUUCGCUGCAGAGUAGACCCAAUGAAAAUUAUUGUUUAAAAUGGUGCUGCUCUGUUGGUGAAGUCACGCAGUGCUGCAGUUAAAGGUUUGAAGCCCUUUUAUCUGAGCCAUGGCAAGAUGUGAUGGAGAAAUGUUUUUGGAACCUCAUUGAGGCUAGGGUCAGUCUGGCUGUUCUGGGUUCUGGGCAUCUGACCGGCAGGUGCCCUUGGCUUAGGACAUCUAACUGGCAGUCGCCCUUGGCUGUGGGCGCCUAACCGGCAGGCGCCCUUGGCUGUGGGCGCCUAACCGGCAGGCGCCCUUGGCUGUGGGCGCCUAACCGGCAGGCGCCCUUGGCUGUGGGCGCCUAACCGGCAGGCGCCCUUGGCUGUGGGCGUCUAACCGGCAGGCGCCCUUGGCUGUGGGCGCCUAACCUGCCAGACAAAGAAUACAAAAAGAAAAUCUAAACACGCAAAAAAAAUUGUUUAAAAAGCAAUGGAAAGGAGCGCAACAUUUGAAGUUGUGCACUUGCGUGUUUGUUUUAAUUUGUUUGUGUAUAGAUAUUUACAAGUUAAUGAAGUGUUGCAUUCAUUACUACUUCAAUCGCUCCAUUCAGUGUAAAUGCGUUUUGUUGCUGAAAUUUGAAGCAUACACUACACAUUUCUGUUGAACAUCAUUUGAUUUCUGACCCUUUUCUAGAGUUGCUUCAUUUACCCGUAGUUAUGUCAUUUUGGCUCCAUUACUUUUUUUUCAUCCUCCAGGAAAUAUUUGAUUCAUUAUAACACAGUAUUCAUAUCUGUUGCCAUUCAGUUAAACAUUACACUGGUCUGCUCGUAUCUAAUGCAUUCACAUUAGUUGUACCUUUUUAAUCUCACACUUGUCUGAAACAUCUGUGUAUUUUUUGCUUUCAAGCAUAUGAGAAUAAAAGGCGAUGAAGGGUCACGUUAAAUUCUCUGAAACCAAGAUGAAGAUUGAAAGAAGUCUCUAAACUAAUGUACAAAGUAGACUUCUCCUUUCUACACUGAGGUUUAGUUAGGCAGGAGUUUGCGUUGAGAGGACCUCUCCCCAGUCUGUUGGUCUUUCAAUGAUGCACGAUAUUGAGCUUUUGUACUAAAUGUUUGAUUUCAUUUUAAACUGCAGGAAUUCUAAUAAAUUGUCAUUUUUAUUAACUA